AUGUCUUACCGUGGAAGCUCCCGAGGUGGCGAUUCCCGAGGUGGAAGUCGUGGAGGUAGGGGCGGCCACACUCAGAGCAGCGAGGUGCUUACUCGAAAUCCACCCUCCCUUGAUAGGAAGCUCAGUGAUUUCGAAGACAAAAGCCUGAAGGAUAGCGCAAAGAUGGAUUCUGCUGCGGGCAAGUUUAAGAUGACGCGACGCCCUUCUUAUGGAACUACUGGCCAGGCUGCCACGGUGUGGGCCAACUUCUUUGAGAUUCAAUUGAACCCCAACCAGCACUUCUAUCGUUACAGCAUCCAGGUUUCGCCAGAACUACAACCAGCUCGACUCAAGAAAGAACUCUUCUGCUUGCUUCUCAAAUCUUCGCGGGUCAGGUCGGUAUAUGGCGCCUCAGACAUGUCGCAGGAACUCAUUACCGCUGGACGGAUGGAAUCAACUUCUCCCAUGAUUUUCGAGCUCUCCGGAGGCAAGGAACCGAAAAAAUACACUUUCAAAUUCUCCAACGGAGACGCCGUGAACUACCCUGAUUUGAUCAAACUUCUCAGUCAGACGAAGCAGAGCUACCCAUUGGUGAACGAGGAGGUUGGAGUUCGAGCUCUCAAUAUUAUGAUGACUCGGAUUCCCCACCGAGAUCCCGGUGUUGUCAUUACAGGCAGGGGACGACAGAAGUUCUUCUGGAUUGAUGAACGGAAACAGUCUUGCAACCUGACAGGUGGCCUUGAGGUUCUUCGCGGCUUUUUCACGAGUGUACGACUCGGGGCCGACAGGCUGCUUUUGAACAUGAACGUGAACCACGGCACUUUCUACAGGCCACUGCCUAUGAAUGACUUUACAACGGAGUUCGUGGCUGCUUUUGGCACGGACCGUCAGAUGUUCCAUCGCUACAUUCGAGGCUUGCGCGUCGAGGUUAGGCAUCUUCCUAAAGAGAAGGAUGCGGAUGGCAACUUGCAAUAUCGACGGAAGUCUGUCUGGGGAACUGUGACGCACAAGGAUGGAGCAAAGGACGAACACAAGCCUACAACCCACGAUAUCGGCUCGUCGCCUGCACAUGUUGAAUUUUGGGAGAAGUCAAAAGAUGGCAAGAGCGGUAAAUACACCAGCGUCAAGGACUAUUUCAAGAAGGUGUAUGGCAUGGAUAAACUAGCCAAUAUGCCGGUUCUCAAUGUUGGCACUCAAGACCGACCUGUCUACCUCCCUCAGGACGUGUGCCGAAUUCUCCCAGGGCAGACUUUCAACGGUGAGCUUGGCACCGCUCAGCGCCAGGCUAUGAUCACGUUCUGCUGCCGCCGCCCUCCGGACAAUUAUGUCUCUAUUAUGCAAGAUGGACUAAAGAUUCUCGGCAUCACAGACAAGAAAACCAAGGAGUCCGGUAUCAAGGUCCACGAAACCAUGAUGGCCGUUCCUGCCCGUUUUAUUACACCUCCCACUCUUAGGUACGGGUCAGGAACUCAAGUUCCCCGGGGCGGCAGCUGGAACUUAAGGGGAUUGACAUUCGCCGCGCCUGCUCCUCCUCCGCAGAGGUGGGGCUUUUUGUGCAUCCUCAACAGGAAGAAGCUUCGUUCGCACCAGGAGGAUCAGUGGAGGGCGGACAAUCAGCCUGUCAAAGCGGCUCAGAAUUUUAAAAAGUCAUUGAAUGUGCUGGGGCUCAGGUGGCAGGAGCCCAUAUUCUUUCACCGCAAGGUCGUUUUUUAUGAACCAGAAGGUUUAGACUAUCGCAAAGUCAUCGAUAAAGCGAUGGAGGAGUUCAAAGACGUUCAGUGUCCAUUGGUCGUCAUUCCCAUGCACGAAAGUGAAGAUAAAGCUUUCAAUUACAUCAAGUGGGCCGGCGAUUGCAAGAAUGGAAUCCUGACCCAUUGCUGCAAGGCCGAGAAGUUUUUCGGAGGAGACAUGCAGUACCUGGCCAACAACGCAAUGAAGGUCAACUUGAAGAUGAGCGGAAUCUGCCAAUCACUCGAUUCAGCAUCCAAGUGUCCAAAAGUGGUCAAGGAUGCAAAGACCAUGAUUGUCGGUCUCGAUGUUACUCACCCUUCCGUAACGGACCCCGAGACCUACCCCAGCAUAUCAGCCAUCGUUGCCAGCACUGACGGACGAAUGGGCCAAUGGCCAGGAGAAAUCCGCCUUCAAGGCAGGCGCGAGGAGGUGAUUCACGAUGUGGGCCUCAUGUUGGAGAGCCGUAUCAAACGCUGGACUAAGGAAAACAAGGGAGAACUUCCACGAAACAUCCUGAUCUACCGUGACGGUGUCAGCGAGGGUCAAUUCGAGAAAGUGAUUAAUCAAGAGCUGCUCGCAAUCCAAACCAAUUGUAAGCGCAUCUACGGCAACAAGCCACAUCGGAUCUCGAUUGUGGUUGUUACGAAGCGUCACCACACUCGUUUCUUCCCUACAAAAUCGUCCGAUCACGACAGGAAUAGCAACCCUAAUCCUGGACUCUGUGUUGACCGCGGAAUCACUCGUCCAGGCAUGUGGGACUUCUACCUUCAAGCCCAAGCCGCCAUAAUGGGAUCUGCGCGUCCUGCCCACUACAUUGCAGUGCAUGAUGAGAUCUUCACCUCUGGAACUUUGAAUUAUGCAAACCCCUCAAAUGAACUCCAAGAGCUGACAAAUGCCAUCUGUUACAUGAUGGGCCGCUGCACUCGUUCGGUUUCCUACUGCACUCCGGCUUUCUUGGCUGAUCGACUCUGUGAUCGCGCACGGAAGUAUGUCCUCGCAUACUACAACGAAGAUUGGGACAGGUUGGGACAAAGGAACCCUCACACCGCUGCCCCAACCCAAGCCCAGGUCAAUCUUCAUCAUCGUACCUCUGAAGCCAUGGUUUACAUCUAA